CCCUCCAUUGUUCAUAACGUGGUUUCUUUUCAUUCCAAGUGGCCCUAUCCACAAACGAGAGGCUUGGACGACCUAUAAAAGCCAACUUCUCAGGGUGACCGCACUCACUGUAUUACCAACCACUUGGCGGUGAAUUCGCAUCGACAUUUUGGAAACUGUACCACUUGAAAAUAGAUCAACAAGAAUGACAAAACCCAGUGAGCACAUAAAACGGCCCAUGAAUGCAUACAUGGUUUGGUCGCGUAAAGAGAGACGGCGCAUCGCAGAGGAAUGCCCUCGAAUGUUGAAUUCGGAAAUAAGCAAGCGGCUUGGACUUGAAUGGAACGCACUCUCGCCUGAAGCGAAAGAUCCGUACGUAAUAGAGGCGAAACGACUGAGGGAACAACAUAAGAAGGAUCACCCAGAGUAUAAAUAUCAGCCUAAAAGGAAGCCUAAGGCUACACCCAAGUUGAAAACGCAAAGUUUAAAUCCUUAUGGCUAUCAUGAUAUGAGUGGGAUGGGAUAUCCGCCCUCUUCGUCGCUUUGUAGCCCAUUACCGCCAGGCCAUUUGGUGCCUUCAGGUCCUAUUUUUAGCAAUUGCUCAGGAAACUGUACAUUAGCGGAGCCUCCUCCGCCUUACCAUUUCGCUCCUCAUUACCCGGUUGUGCAGCCUAUGACAGAAAUAAAAGGACCUUGUUCGACCCAUCUACCGCUUGUUGGCAGAGAAAUAUCUUGCGGACCUCCCAUAGCUUACUCAAGCCAUCAUCCAUCUAUGUCGCAUUCUAUGCAAGUUGGACAUGUGGUUCAUCAUCGAAGCGUUUUACCAGAAUCCUCAUCCUUAGUUCACGCCCCAACUGCCAUUGACAGCAGAACGGGCAUCCCAAGAUCGUCCAUGGAUUUUGUUAUGAUGAGACCUGAUGUUGGAUAUUAGUGAGAAUUGCUCUGUUGUUGUUCCCAAGAUACGCAGACAUCAAAUUUCACCUAGCCGAGAUGUUCAUUUCCAUACACUAAU